ACUUUGCUCUCCACACAUGCAGGAGCUACGGAUCACCGCGCGGGUCAAAAGGUAAUGCAGCGAAAAUGACACCCAGUAACUUUGGAAAGGGUGACAUAUUGGAGGGCUGGAGAGCUACAGUGUAAUUGACGUGUUCGUGGUAUGAGCAAGCAGAAAAAAAAGUCAGUCCCUCCGCGGCGAGUGGUCACCUCAGAAAACCCCCAUGCAGAUUAUUUCCUCUCCACAACUUCCCCGACUGAAGACUGCAGCCCAAACUUUUUGAUGGGAGCGACUCUUUCUGGCAAUGAGAUGCGCGGCAAACAGCUUUAAGAGAGCUCAGCACAACCAGUUAUGGUGAUAGAGAUUAAAAUAGGAACCAUAGCAGAUUGGAUUAUACUUAAUACGCCAUUUCAUAUCGUGUAACGUGUCACAUUCUGGGCGCUGCGCCCUUGUUUAUGAGGUGCGUCCGAAUUACAAUUAGCCCACAUUUCACUGAGAUUCCUUUGAAGCAGUCGUGCUCGACGCUGUGUGUAGACUUAACCAGUGGGCCACAUUAAUUUGACCAUUUGCUGUGUUUUGUGCCAUCCCUUUGCGCUUCACUCCAAAUUACGCACAAUGCAUCGCCGCCAAAUAUCACAAGGACUCGAUUGUACCAAAAAAUACUGCAUGUCCAAUCUUUUGUCAGUGCUCUGUGUUACCAGGACAGAAGCCAAUGAAAGCCGAGGGAUGUUUAGCUCGCGUGCCCUUAAGCUGCAGGAGUAACGGGCACGAGAACACACGCAGCAUCCCUCUCCUCCCUCAGGACGUGUUACCAUCCUGAUCCGAACACAAAUGCGGAUGUUAAAUAAUUCAAACUUUCACAGGAUCAUUUUAAUGCUCUAAAAAAGUCACUCCUGCUGUGUGUGUGUGUGUGUGUGUGUGUGUGUCUGCGCAUGUGCGCCCGAGCAGCUCUGCCUAUGUUCAGUCCUUCAUGUCUUCAUGUAUGUGUUUAAAGCUAUUAUGUCGUCGUGUUCCUGCACUGAGGAAGGAACCGAACCGGGACCCGCGCGACGAGAGCUUCGAGUCCGGAGUGCAGUGCGCGAGGGGAGGGAAUCCCUCCAGUGUCUGACGCUUCCUUUACCAAGGAAACCCACACGCGCUCUCUGACGCAACUGCCCAUUUUAGGAAACAUGCGUCAAUGGACCAAAGCAAGUCAGACAAAUAGUGAACUCCACAGCUGGCACUGACGUCCGUAUCAGAAAAUAAAUCUCUCCACACACAUUUGAGCUACUUUGACUGCAUCCCCGCUUCUCGGUUAUCUCUCCGGUGUCCGCUGGGCGCAAGGCUGGUCCAAGCGGAUCUUUUCUUUUCACUGCCUUAUCCAGAAAACGACCCCUCCCUGGAUGAAGUCGCAACGCCCAGGCGUGACGUAGGCUGUUUCGUUGGUGUUGAAAAGCAGUUGCAGUUCUUCAUAGUGCCAUUGAAGUGAGUCAUCUCUAGGAAGUGUGGUAAAUAGGAAAAGAAAAAAAAAAAGUUAGAACUGUUCCGUGAACAGCAGAGAGCUCAGAUAGAGAGUCGGGCACAGAGACGGAAAAUACUCAGAAGAUUAGCCAGGCAGUAGGCUUUAAAGCGAGUGUUAACCUGCGUGAGUCACUCUGUAACUACAGGUUCACUUGUCUCAGCUGGAUUUGACUGCUGAAGGUGUGCUACUGACUUUAGGUUCAAGUCCUCACCUGAGAGGAUCUGCGAUAGUGAGGUGUAGGUUUACCUGAAGAAUAAUACAAGCACAAAAAGUGAUAGUCUUUAACAAGCAGGGGCAACACAUUUAGAACAUCUGGUAGUAUCUGAGAUGUUUUAGGUUAGUGUAGUGAAGCAUAUUUGCACUUUUGUCUUUGCAAACUUUUCCUGGAUAUCCCAAAUUAACAGCGUCUCGAGUCAGAGGAUUUUUUUUUCUUUGGUGCCUUUUCAAAAGCGAGGAUCUUAAAAGGAAAGGGGUUUCAGCAGAGCUCGUACAGUUUACUGAAAUCUUCCUCUUUCCUGGAUCAUGUACCAGGACUACUCCGGGAAUUACGACACGUCGUCCCGCGGCAGCAGCACCUCUCCGGCCCAGCCAGAGUCCUUCACAAGCGGCAGCAGCACGAUCGGAAGUCCGAUCUCUACCUCAAACUACCAGAAGUACAGGGUUGACAUGCCCGGCUCCAACAGUGCCUUCAUACCCACCAUCAAUGCAAUCACGACCAGCCAAGACCUGCAGUGGAUGGUCCAGCCCACCGUCAUCACCUCAAUGUCCAACCCUUACUCCCGCUCCCACCCGUACGGCCAUCACCUGACCAACGGCCCGGGGCUGCUGGGACACAACACACUGGCUCGGCCCGGAGUCAUCCGCUCCAUCGGGGACGCCAGGGGACGCCGCAAGAGAGACGAACAGCUCACACCAGAGGAAGAGGAGAAAAGGAGGGUGAGGCGUGAGAGGAAUAAGUUGGCCGCCGCCAAAUGCCGCAACCGCAGGCGAGAGCUCACCGAGUUGCUUCAAGGGGAGACUGAGAAGCUGGAGGAGGAGAAAGCCGACCUGCAGAAAGAGAUCGAGAACCUGCAGAAGGAGAAAGACAAGCUGGAGUUCAUGCUGGUCGCCCACAAUCCCGUGUGCAAGCUCCCCACUGACGAGCGCCACCAGCCAUCCGGGCACCAGCAGCACCAGCAUCACCAGCAACACCAGCAGCAGCAGCAGUGCACUCCUCUCCCCCUGACCAUGCGCCCCAACAUGGGCCCCCGGGCUCAGAUGAACCACGUGGUGGUGAAGCAGGAGCCGCAGGACGACGAUUUGGGCAAGACGCAGCGCUCCGUCAUCAAGCCGAUCUGCCUGGGCGGCGGUGGGGUCGGUGUUGGGAUGUACUGCACAGACGGAGACAGUCUGAACACGCCGGUAGUGGCGGCAUCCACCCCGGCAGCAACACCCAACGCCCCCAGCCUCAUAUUCACCUACCCGAGCAUGCUGGAGCCCGAGAGCCCCUCGCCCUCCUCUGAGUCCUGCUCCAAGGCCCACCGGCGCAGCAGCAGCAGCGGCGACCAGUCCUCAGACUCCCUCAACUCGCCCACCCUCCUCGCCCUCUGAGCGCGGCUCGGCUCGGCUGAGAAACAAACACUGUGGCUGAAGGCAUCGUGAGGAUCACCCGCGCCCCCCCCGCCUCCCUCCCCUUCAGUGUCUUUAAAAAACUUCAGAGCAACAACAGUCCAGACCAAGCUGACCGUGUGAGCCGUCUCCCCUGCGCAGGGAGACCCACAAGGGCUACGCCAUGUGUUUCUUCUCGUUCUGCUUCAGUGUAAAGUUUUCUUUUUUUGUUAAAGUGUGUGCACCGAUCCUAAGAAGUGUCAUCCCUUCGCCAUUUCAACUCCAGUGUCAACUUGUUUACUGAGCAGACGAUUCUGAAGAAAAAAACAUGCCUGAAUCUGGCAAAUUGUGAGUUGAUGUGACUGACUACAACUAGAGAGCGUGUUCUUAAUAUAUAUAUUUUUAAAAAAUGUUUAAAAGCCAUGCGGCCGACACUUGCACUCCGCCAAGACGAAUCAAUAAAUCACUAAACGAGGUCAGCGUUCGACUGGAAUUUCCAACGGGAGAAAGAGACAAUGAGCGAAGACUUCCUCUCAGCGUUUUCUUUGAGAUUUCAUAACAUGGACCUUGAUUCAGGAAUUGUUACUACGAGUGUGUACACAUUUCUGACGCUAUUUCCAUUUCUUUAAUUGUAUUUAUGGCCUGUGCUGAUAAAUUUUAUAAAGUGUUUUGUUGACGACAUCGUCUUUUCCUUUAUCUGCCUGUAGAAAAGCAAAACGGUCGUCCUCACCGGGCGACCGAAGCACUCCUCAGUGUUGCAAAGGAUACGAGCCAACUUUCAAUCAAUGACUAGUUCCUCAAUACUCUAUACCUUCUAUUUUUGCCAUAGUGGCUUGACUUUACAGUAGUAUUGGUGUGCUUUUCCUCAGUGAUUCUGUACCUGAACUUUAAAACCUGUUUAUGACAAAGUGUAUGUGAUUUACAUUGAUGUCAGGGAUAUCUCUCAUGUGUAGUAGAACCCCCAUCGUGAAGAGCGUUGCAGGACUGCCGGCUGUCGAAUGGUCUAGCCAGAGUGUUGAAGAGGCGGUACUGAAAGUUGUCGCUUUAUCGUGUCACAAAAAGAAGGUUUCGUCUUUUUUUCCGCGCAGAUGAUGUGAAAGUUUGAUCAAACUCCUCCUGACACUGGAUUCUGUUCUUUGUUUUUUUAUAUAAAUAAAGGUCUAACCUUUUCAACACGGCCUCUCAGGGCAGGUCAGGUUUCAGAAAAGCCAAAAAAGGGUUUUGUGUGACACACGUUAUCCUGUAAUUUGUUCGUCUUUUGUCUAAAAGGAGGGAUUUUGCUCAAAUUUGAAAAAGCCACUGUGGUCUAGACUGUCGCCAGCUGCCAAUGAUGUCAACCCUGUUUAUACUGUGUUUUGUAAAUCUGUCUCUUUUAGUAAAGAAACGUUCAAAUUCAACUCAGAUGUGCUGAUUUAUGGCUGUAUGAACACUCGCUGACGCUAAGGUACUCAGUAUAAGGAAGUCUUUGAACCCGGGCCGGUCCACUUUUUGACCAUAAGGAAGGGAAAACUCUCUACAGCUGGCCUGACAUGAAAGAGGGGACAUGUUGAGAAUAUUUCUGAGGUUCUAUGAAGCACUUGUUUUGCAUUAUUUUUACAUGUGUGUAUCUUAAAGGGAUGAGGGUUUUACAUACCGUGCACUGAGAGGGACACAACAGCGAUAUUUGGGAGAUUUUUGUUUACUUCAAACAUUCCUAAUAAACAUGCCGGGGGGGGGGGGGGGGGGGGGGGGGGGGGGAGUUAUCACAGGAAUAAAAGUUAACAUUGGAAGACUUUUUGUUGUGCUGGAUGCAGAAAAAAAAACAGACUUUGCAAUUCAAUACAAGCUGCUGCUACUUUGGAAAGAACACGUGGGCUGUUUGUGGUUUAAGACGUUGGGUUUAACAUCACGGGUCGUGAUAUUAUCCUGAUGCAAUAGAAAAUAUUUCAUCCGAACAUAAAGAGGUAACCAAAAACAUAACUGUGGGCGACUCUGAUAUGUCUGUAUGUUUAAAAUAAAGUGAAGCCCCUCGACACACAUAGGAAAGCCAUUGACUGUAGAUCUUCUGCUGUACAUGUCAUCGAAGUCUGUCGCCUGUUUUGAACUAUUACUUCUUUUCCAAAUGCUUUAACUGUUUAAAAUGAUUCAAAAUUAAUAAAAAACAGCAAUAUGUAUAGCAGUGUUUGUUAAUUUAAAUGAAUAAUAAUAAAUCAUUUUCAACCUGA